AUGGAUAAACUUGAAGUGCGUGCUGUGAUCAAGUAUUUUGUGAAGAAGGGCUUGUCGGCAAAAAAUAUUCAUACCGAUAUGCAAAAUACCUUAGGGAACUUUGCCCCUUCGUUUUCAACCGUUUCCAAGUGGACCGCUGAGUUUAAACGAGGUCGCGAGAGCCUGGAGGACGACCCUCGCAGUGGACGUCCAAAGAGCGCGACGACCCCCGAAGCUAUUGAAAAAGUCCACGAUAUUGUAUUGACGGACUGCCGAUUGAAAGUGUCCGAGAUUGCUAGGGUUGCGGGCAUCUCGGACGAGCGUGCGUUUCAUAUUUUAACUCAAGAAUUGUGCAUGAAAAAGCUCUCAGCGAGAUGGGUGCCUCGUUCGCUAACAAUUGAUCAGAAGCGCAUCCGAAUGCAGAUCUCUCAAGAGUGUUUGGAGCGUUUUAAGAAGAACACGUCCGACUUCGUACGCCGAUUUGUAACCACCGAAACCUGGGUCCACAACUAUAAGCCGGAAGUGAAGCAGCAGUCGACACAUAGCGAUUCUCCGCCACCGAAGAAGACCAAGGUGGUUCCAUCGACUGGGAAGGUUGUGGCGUCGAUUUUCUGGGACGCCAAAGGAAUUUUACUGAUAGAUUAUCUUCCGGAGGGUAGAACUAUAAGUGGAGAGUAUUAUACUAGUCUUUUAGAGCGAUUGGAUAAAAAUAUUUGCGAGAAAAGACCAGAUUUGGCGAAGAAAAAAGUGAUUUUCCAUCAAGACAACGCGCGCCCCCAUAUAAAUGCUAUUUCGAUGGCAAAAAUCCAUAAAUUAAGGUACGAUUUGUUGCCGCAUCCUCCUUAUUCGCCUGACUUAGCUCCGUCGGACUUCUAUCUAUUCCCACGGUUGACGAAAUUCCUUGCCGGGGAAAGAUUUUCGUCGGAUGAAGAAGUGAAAGAGGCAGUUGACGGAUAUCUUGCGUCACUUGACGAAUCAGAGUUUCGCAAUGGAAUAAUGAUCUUGGAGCACAGGUGGCUCAAGUGUAUUGAUGUCAAGGGAGAUUAUGUUGAUAAAAAGGAAUAA